UCUUUGUUGCAAAGAUGUUCGGAGUAUUACGAAAUGCUCUUUACAUCGAUACGAAAAAGAUAUAAGGACUGUUAUUAGUGAGAUGGAAUAGGCUUUAAUCCAUCGCUCUUACUGAUUGGUUAAUUAAAAAUCCAUCACUAACGUGGCUAUCUGUUGUGGGAUUAUGAGAAGUUGUAAACCGUACUAUUAGACAAACACGACGUACGAGUGAAUGUUCAUAUCUUACAAUUAUUCGAUUCAUUAGUAUUUUGAGUCUAAUCAAUUUACUCAAUCUCUUCCUUUUUAUUCGCAUCUGAGUGUAGUUCAUUUAGAAUUUAUCUUAAUUUGACUUAAACGUCUACAAUGCUUAAGAAUACGGUAGCAUUAAUAACCGGUGGAGCCUCUGGUCUCGGUCGCGGAACUGUACAAAGAUUUGUCAGAGAAGGUGCAAAAGUUACAAUUGUAGAUCUUCCUAAUUCGAAAGGACAAGAAUUAGCCGAUCAGUUGAAAAAUCAGGCUGUAUUUGUACCAACCGAUGUCACUUCGGAAGAAGAUGUAAAGAAUGCUCUAAAUAUAACCAAGGAAAAGUUUGGCAAGUUAACUGCAGUUGUAAAUGCAGCAGGAGUAGCAAUCGCUUAUAAGACAUAUAAUUUUAAUAAAAAUAAACCACACGAAUAUUAUGAUUUCGAGAGAGUCAUUAAAGUGAAUACGAUUGGAACUUUUAAUGUGAUAAGAUUAGCCGUUGGCUUUAUCGGCGAAAAUACACCUAACGAAAAUGGUGAGCGUGGUGUUGUAAUUAAUACAGCAAGUGUGGCAGCAUACGAAGGACAAAUAGGACAAGCAGCAUAUUCUGCCAGUAAAGGUGCUAUCGUUGGAAUGACUUUACCAAUCGCGCGUGAUUUGUGUAAACAGGGUAUACGUAUUGUUACUAUUGCACCUGGAUUAUUUAAUACACCAUUACUAUCAACUUUACCGGAGAAAGUACGUAGCAUUUUAUGCAAAAUGAUACCUUUUCCUCAAAGAUUAGGUGAACCUGAUGAAUAUGCACAACUGGCACAACAUAUAAUCGAAAAUCCACUUUUAAAUGGAGAAACAAUAAGGUUGGAUGGUGCUCUCAGAAUGCCAGCUUAAGUUUAAGGAUCUUUGUAUCUAAACACAUGCUAUUUAUAGAUAAACAAUGCACAUUGGAUAGGGCUACUGUAAUAAUUUUUUUAUGAUAAAUACAUACAUAUAUAUAUAUAUGUAUGUAUGUAUAUAUAUAUAUAUAUAUAUAUAUACACAUCUAUGAACAUGUUAAAUAAAACAAUUGUCUCUUAUACAUGCAACACCAUUAUAUUCUCUUAAAAUGUACAUGAACCACCAAAAGAUUUUCUAUUACAGAUAUCGACAAUUCUUUUUGUUACCUUACAACUGUACAUAAAUGCCUCGCAAAUUGCAAAAGUCGCAACUUCUUGAUUUAUAUAUGUUACUAGAGUGUUGCCUAGCAAAAGAGUUGUGUACGUUGUAUUAACAUAAAAAUCUUUGGUUGUUUGGUUAA